AUGCUGCUGCUGCUGCUCCUGGCUCUGCUGGGCCCCGCUGGCUGCCCCAGGACAGAGCCCCUGAGCGGUGGCUCCAGCCAGGAGCCGCUGUUCCGCGGCGCCGACCGCUACGACUUCGCCAUCGUCAUCCCCGCCGGCACAGCCGAGUGCUUCUGGCAGUUCUCACACCAGGGAGGAAACUUCUACUUCAGCUACGAGGUCCAGCGGGCGACGGGGAUUGGCAACAGCAGGAGCAUCCUGGUGACAGCGAGUGACCCCAAUGGCUUCCAGCUCGGAGUGUCCCAGGACGUGCGAGGACAGAUCAACUUCCUCACCAAGGACACAGGUUUCUACCAGCUCUGCCUGGACAACCACCAAAACCACUUUGGCUUAAUGCAGGUGUAUCUCAACUUUGGUGUGUACUAUGAUGACUUCAACAUGGAGCACAAGCAGCCAGCUGAGAGGAAGGAGCUGAACGACACCCUGGAGGCAAUUGGGGCGAGCAUCCAGAAGCUGCACAUGCACACCUUCCACAUGUGGCGCUUCUACAACUUUGCCCGGAUGAGGAAAUGGGCUGACUCCUUCCUCCUGGAGUCCAACUACAACUAUAUCAACUGGUGGUCCAUGGCCCAGAGCUGUGUCAUUGUCCUCUCUGGGGUGCUGCAGCUCUGCUUCCUCAAGCGCCUCUUUCAUGCGCAAACCUCGGGCAGCCAGAGGUGCUAGAGCAGGGCAGGGACCGCCCUGCAGAGCCAGCUCACCUGGCUGCCACUGUCCCACCACAGAGCAGGAGCAAAGGCUGGAUUCUGCUUCCAGGAGGAGGCUGGAGAGUUUCCCCUGCUCCUGCCUCAGCUCUGGCCCUGGCAUCACCCCGAGAAAAUCAAAGGCCACACUGUCACCUGAGUUCUGUGUGCUGUGUGGGUUUGUCACAUACCUACCCACUGUGUCUUAAUGGGCCUUUUCUACCUAACUCCCAAUAAAGGAA